GACUGUGAGUGUGCAGCUGGCAAAAGUGGGGCGUGCAACCACAGUCUGGCCCUCCUCAAGCUUCUCGCUUUGUUAAGAGCGAAGGACUAUGAAGAAGUUCCCCCUGCAGUAGCCUGCACUGAGUUGCCCCAGCAGUGGCGCCGUCCACGAGGGGAAGCAGUUGCCUCCACAAGCGUGCAGUCGGUCGACUGGAGAAGCGUUCGAGAGGACGGGCUGGAAACCCCUAUCACGUCCAAGUUGUAUGAUGCCCAAAGAAACGCGAUGCACUUCAGUGAUAGAAUGGCCUCGAUCCAAGCCCUUGGAGAGAGUCUCUAUUCAAGUCAAGCCUCGCCCUUUGCAAAGCGCCUCCGAAGGGCAACUGCUGCUGAUCCGGUCAAGACGAAGUUUGGCCUGGCUCCGGUUGGCAGUGUCCUGUCCUACCAGCAGGCGCUGGUGCCUUUCGGAUACGAGACUUUCAUCAGCCCGGAGGUGGGCCAUGUCCAGGAAAGAAACCAGGCGCUGCCUUGUGAGCCGACCUUCUUCGACGCCUGCAUAAACUGGAAGAUGUCUGGGCUGAGCCUUCCCGUGGAACAAGACCUGCUCCUUAAGUCUCUCCUGGUGACUUCUACGGAGGCUAGAUGUUUGGAGAGAAACACUCGACAACAGUCUAAAAGUCCGCUGUGGAAGGCAGCCCGGCAGACCCGACUCACAGCCUCCUGCUUUGGGGAUGCUGCCACACGAGAGAGCUGGACUACGAAAGGCCUCAUCAACUUGACUUCACCCAAGGAUCUCUCUCACGUCCGUGCAGUCAGGCAUGGCAUCAAGUAUGAGCCGGUCGCCGUACAGCGCUACGAAAGUUCUUUGCGAGCCCUGGGGCAUGACAUCCAGACAUUCCCCUGCGGCAUUCUUGUUCGUCCAGACUGCCCGUGGCUUGGGGCGUCUCCGGACAGGCUCGUGUGGGAUCCAGCGGAAGCGACUCCUCAUGGAGUCGUUGAGGUAAAGUGUCCCUACACCCUGAAAGAUGGAGGCCUCGACACUGCAGUCAAUUUCUACAUGGAGAAGGACGCUGCAGGCAUAUACCGCCUCAACAGGAAUCGCAAGAACUACUACCAAAUCCUUGGACAGAUGGCUCUCUCUGGGCUGCCGUGGGGUGACUUUGUGGUUUAUUCCCAUCAGUUUUUGAUUGUGGAAAGAAUUUAUUUUUCUGAUAGAAACUGGUCAGAAUGCAAGGCAGCACUAGACGACUUCUACUUUUCCGUCUUGCUUCCAUACUUGUGCAAAAGUCGCGCAUAAUUGUGUAAAGCCAGUGCUUCACCUCAGAGCAACCGUGCCAUUUUGUCAUGUUAACAAGCAGUCUUUUUUUUUUUUAUAUCUUAAAGG